UACAUGCUGCUUUGUACCGUUGUACUUUCCAGACUUGACAGAUGCUUCCUUGGUUGCAGUGUUGUGUGCGUCGCCAAAAUUUCUGAAAUCGACGCCCUGGAAGCUCUUUCCGGCGUAUUCUGGAGGAGACGAUGAGUCAAAUUGCAUGCCCGAGAACUGAAUCUACUCCCCAUCGUCUCUACGACUUUGCCAAAAUGGCUCUCAUCAAGAUUUUCGCUCACCCUUAUGCCACGGUGUGUGACUUGUAUUGUGGAGGCGGAGCAGAUGCUGAUAAGUGGGAUGAAGCCCAAAUCGGUCAUUAUAUUGGAAUCGAUGCGGCGUCGUCUGGGAUUAGCCAGAUACGAGAAGCGUGGGAGAGCCAGAGGAAAGCUUACACUACAGAGUUCUUUGAGAUUGAUCCCUGCACGGAGAAUAUAGAUAUGCAUCUGCAGGAGAGGACCAAUAAGGCUGAUCUUGUCUGCUGUUUGCAGCAUUUGCAGUUGUGUUUUGAGAGCGAGGAGAAAGCACGGAGACUUCUGCAUAAUGUAUCAUCUUUGCUGAAACCAGGGGGUUAUUUUUUCGAUGAAGCCUACAUGACAUAUCCAGAUUUACACAAGGCUAAGUACCAGAAGAAUGUUGAAGCUUAUCACAACAAAAGCAGCAGCAUGAAGCCAAACAUUGUUCCCAACUGUAUUCGGACAGAGAAUUACAUGAUUACUUUUGAAGUUGAAGAAGAAAAGUUUCCACUAUUUGGAAAGAAAUAUCAGCUGAAAUUCUCUAAUGAUGUCUCUGCAGAAACCCAUUGCUUGGUUCACUUUCCAAGCUUCAUCAGGUUGGCGAGAGAAGCUGGCCUUGAGUAUGUGGAGAUUCAAAACUUGACUGAGUUUUAUGAUGACAACAGAGCACAAUUCGCAGGCUUGCUAAUGAAUUCAGUUCCAAACCUGUUGGAUCCUAGAGGGAGACUUUUUCCUCGAUCAUAUGAUACACUUGGUCUCUAUACCACGUUUAUAUUUCAAAAGCCUGACCCAGAUAUCACGCCCCCAAUGUCAACUCCAUUAAUGCAGGAUCCCACUUAUAGUCAUGAUGAGGGAACCGGUUGGCGAGAUGAGGAAAUUAAUGUACCAGUACAAGUCCCAGUCCCAGUCCCAGUCCCAGUUCCAGUUCCAGUUCCAGUUCCAUUGCCAGUUAUAGUUGUAGAACCUCCUCUUGGGUUGGGCAAGAUAAGCGAACAAAAAGGGAUUUUGGGUCCUGGACCUGCUGAUUUACGAUUCCCAGAGGCAAUCUGAUUCUUUAGGAGAGGAAGAUAUAUAUACUGUUUAGAAGCAUGAUUUUUCUCAAGUGGAUUCCAUGUACACAAAAUGGGCAAGUGAAACUAGUUAUGAGUAGACACGUAGCAGCUAUACACUCUCUUUCAGGAUGACUAUUUUUUAUAUGUUCUAUGAAUGGUUUGACACACUACUUCUGUUGUAUAUGAGGUCUGUAGUCUUUUAGAGGGGAAGGAAAUAGACACGUAGUUGAUCUAGCACUAUGAUUCGGUGUUUAUUUUAAAGGCCUUAGCAUUCAGAUUCUUGUGUAGGUCCCUCUUUGUGGAAAUCUUUUGUUCAAAAGUUCUACUUUC